GUUUGCUUAGACUAAUAUUCAGCAGCAAUAUAAAUGUGUGACUUAAUUAUGAGUAAUUGUGUAUACUGAGUACAAAAUGGUUGCUCGUUAUAUUCCUUAAACUAUGCAACGAAGAGGAUCUGAGCACUUUUUUGAUGUGCGUUAAAGACUGUUCUGUAAAGAUCUCUACUGCAUCUACUAGAUUUCACAUUAUAUUUGCUAUUCUUUUCUGUUCAAAAUGUUCAACAAAGUUAAGAACAUUGCGAUAAAACUUGGCAUUAAACGUGCUCCUCGACCAGAACAGCGUUUUAUUCCAGUUGGGCCAGUUUCUAAACAGCACUUCCCAGUUGAAGGUUAUUCAUUACGAAAGUUGUAUGGAAGAAACAAGGUGACGACCACAAAAUAUACAUGGUAUGGCUUUUUCUUCAGAAUCUUGGGAACAGGCACAAAGAAUCGCAAAUUUUUACUUUAUCAGUCUUGCAGUCAUUCAGCUUUUCACAGAAGCACCUGUGUCACCUGUCACUUCAGGCUAUGAAGAUUUUCUAAGAUUGAAAGCAGACCGGGAGAUAAACUAUGUUCCUUUUGAAAUUGUAACUGAAGAAGGCCACUUGACAACCGUGAAGUCGAUGGAGCUUGAAGUUGGUAAUAUAAUCUUAUGCAGAAAUAACACAUCUUUUCCUUGUGAUAUGGUCCUGUUGAGUUCAAGUGAACCAAGUGGGGAGUGCUACGUCACGACAGCAAGUCUGGAUGGAGAAACUAACCUCAAGCAGUUCGUAGCUGUUGAACAUACGAAUAUAUAUGAUACACCUUCAUCGCUUGCGACUCAGUUGAAAGCCUACAUAUGUUGUCAACAGCCAGAAGAAGACCUUUACAGCUUUAGUGGUCGAUUAUGCCUCAAAAAUCCAAGUGGAGAUCCGGUCACUAACGAUUAUCCCAUCGGACCUAAAAAUUUACUUCUAAGAGGAGCUUGUCUUCGAAAUACCGAUUACAUAUAUGGUUGUGCUGUGUAUACGGGCAGUGACACAAAACUAGCCUUGAAUUCAAAAGGGAAAAAGACGAAAUUUUCACAGGUCGAAGGGAGGCUGAAUUUCUAUCUCGUUUUCAUAUUGGCUUUUUUGGCUUCUUGUGUUAUAAUUUCCAUUAUCCUGAGUUUAGUUUUAGGCCAUCCAAGUGUUUGGUAUCUUCCUCCCGAGAAAAAAAGUGUGUGGAAUGUUUGCCAAGAACUUUUAGGAUUUGUUGUUUUGUACAAUUAUAUAAUUCCAAUCUCCUUGUAUGUGACAAUAGAAAUGCAAAAGUUCAUUGGUUCCUUAUUUUUCGAAUGGGAUUUAAAUCUUUUUGAUGAGAGAAUAAAUGAAAGAGCGAAAGCUAAUACAUCGGAUUUGAUUGAGGAGAUGGGCCAGGUGAGUAAUAUUUGGUAACUUUCAACAAAAUAUCAGUGUUUACUCUUAACCGUUGAGGUACAUAAACAC